UAGUCCAGUCCCUGCCGCAGUGUGUCACAUUUCGUCGAAGGAGAACAACGCCAAUCUUCGGAAAGUUGCCAGCAGACAGUUCGGUGAAUUACUGAUUUUAUUAAAAGGGAAAACACUUAGCAACAGCCAUCUGCUUCUUACUCACAUUUCUCGCCGAACGUUUCCGUAUUUCGACUUCAAAAUGUUUUCAAAUUUACCAACGGAGAUCAUUAUUAAAGUGUUGGACUACCUUUCACCUAAAGACCAAAUACAAUUGGCCCAAGUCAACCAGCAUCUUCAGGACGCAUUUGUUUACCGCAGUGAACGGGAUUUUAAGCAACUCAUUGGAUUUUCUUAUGAAGAAGAAAUAUUGUCAGGUUUUCUGCCCCUAUGCGGCUAUAUUGUUGUCGAUCUCAACUUAUACAUCGAAAGUAACCUAAUUCUUAAAAAGGUAGAAAAGUAUUGCACUAACCUGGAAAAAGUUAAGUUUUGGAUUCUAAAAGUCACAUGUGUCACCGUGCUCAAAUCCAUUUUAAGCAAGGAGAGCCUAAGAACCAUUGCAUUGCAUAAUAUGACAGGGGGAGGACUAGACAAUAUGCUCACGUACAUCAAUAAAGACUGCAAAGUGUUGAGUUUAGAGGACGUUUCAAAUGACGACAUGCAACAUUUGCCGCAACUGAUUGGCUUGGAAGAACUGGAAGUUCUUUUUCGGAAUGACAUGGUGGAUUUGUUUAAAAUAUGUUUCUCUUACAAGAAACUGCGUGUCUUGAAAAUUUGUUUGUGCCGAAUGCUGACGGGGGGGCCUGAUUUUGUAUUUCCUGAAUUGGAAGAGCUUGAAUUGAAACAUAGCAAUUUAUAUAACGGCUUGCCGACCUGUGUAAAACUCAAAUCGUUGAAUUUGUGUUGCAAUUUAUAUAAUGAUAAGAUGAACAUUGUUAACAUUAUUGCACAGUGUGCACCCAACCUGGAACGUCUAGCUUUUACAUCAAGGAAAGAGCCCCAAUUUACUGCUCACCAUUUGAUAGAGCUUCUCAGAAAGUGUAGAACCAUCGAAUUUAUUUAUUUAUCAGCUGAUAUCAUAAGGAAUGUAUUAUUAAGAAACGAGAGCUCCUUUGUUGACGUUUUAAAGGAAAAUGGUUUCAACGCAGAAAGACGCUUGGUAAUCGGGGUGCGCGACUUAUCGGACAAGCAGGAUGUGGAAAACCAAGUCCCAAACUCGGAAGCAUGGAAUUUCAUCAAAUGUAUGGUCUAGAGAAGCUAACAUCCAGAGACCAGUACCGUGGAAUCAUGUCAGGGGUCCCCCAGUGAGGGUCCUGACUUCCCAGCCCUGGCCAUGGAUCCGUUCCCAUUUACGCACAAUAAUCAAACUCGAACUCGACUGCAGCUACAAUGGAAUAUGGAUUGACUUUGAGAGCGAUAUUUAUAGCCACUUCAUUGAGUUUAUGGUGGAUAUGCUUGAUUAGGGUUACUUGUUGAUAACAAUAUUAAAGAAGAAACCCCUUUGAUA